CUACCAUUUCGCAGCAACCACGAUCAGUGACCAUGUGCAUGGGCAAAUCAGGGCCAAACACUCCCAAGGACAAGGUGGUCCUCAUCACGGGUACUACCGGCACUGGCAAGUCACGCCUCUCCGUUGAUCUCGCCAAACAUUUCUCCGGCGAGAUCAUAAAUUCGGAUAAGAUGCAAGUUUAUAGUGGGAUAGAGAUUGCAACAAAUCUCAUCCCACUCAAUGAACAAGGUGGAGUCCCGCACCAUCUUCUCGGUGACUUUCGCCCGGAAGAUGGCGAACUUACCCCAAGAGAGUUUCGCUCUUUAGCGACAUUGUCCAUCGCUGAAGUUGUUUCCAAAGGGAAACUCCCUAUUAUAGUUGGUGGGUCCAACUCAUUCAACCACGCUCUCCUUGCAGAGCGUUUUGACCCGACAAUUGAUCCUUUCGCUCCUAGCUCGAGUCUUUCAACCAUCUGCCCGGACCUGAGGUACAACUGCUGCAUCUUCUGGGUGGAUGUUUCAGAGCAGGUUCUGUUCCAACACUUGCGCAACCGAGUUGACAAGAUGAUCGAGUCGGGGCUGUUCGAGCAGCUGGCCGCUUUCUAUGACCCAAUAGUCGAUUUAGGGCCCCGACUUGGGGUCCGAAAGACUAUAGGCGUAGAGGAGUUCGAUCGGUACUUUAGAAUGUACCCAAGGGAGAAGAACACAGGAGUGUGGGACUUGGGAAGAAAGAAUACCUACGAGGAGGCUGUCAAGGCCAUGAAAGAAAGGACGUGUCUGCUUGUUAAGAAGCAGAAAGAGAAAAUUAUCAAGCUGAUAAGAGGUGGCUGGGAAAUCAAAAGGCUUGAUGCCACGGCAGCUAUCAUGGCGGAGCUGAAUAAGAGUUCAGAAGUAUUGGGAGAAGGAUUGAGCAGUAUGGAUAUUUGGCAGAAGGACAUCGUGGAGGAAAGCGUGGAAACUGUUAAAAGUUUCUUGCUGGAAGGGUAGUUUUUUUUUCUAAUUAAAUAAUGUAAAUAUGUGUUAUAAAUAAAUAAAAUUCUGUAUGAUUUGAAGAAAAAUACCAUAUUAUGCUUUUA